AUGCGAAAGUUGGAAUGGGACUACAUGGGAGUGAAGGUUGAUUGUCGGCAGCUACACCAUUUUCGCUUCGCUGAUGACAUCGUACUGAUAACACCAAGCAUCAACCAAACGGAAAGAAUGCUGACCGAAUUCGACGAAACAUGUGAAUGCAUCGGUCCUCAGCUGAAUCUGCAAAAGACGAUGUUCAUGCGGAACCAAUGGGUCUCGGAUGCCCAAUUCACGCUCGAGGGAACGAACAUAUCUGAAUUCACCAGCUACGUUUAUCUGGGUCGGGAAUCGAACAUGAUGAACGACCUGACCCCCGAGCUGGGCAAGAAGAGACGAACGGCUUGGGGAGCAUAUAAGAGCAUCGAGGAUGUAGUGAAGAAGACCAAGAACACCCGGCUCCGUGCUCACCUCUUCAACACCACCGUACUUCCUGCUUUGACCUAUGCUUCGGAAACCUGGGCAUUUCGCAAGCAGGAAGAAAACGCGGUUAGCGUCAUUGAACGCGCAAUUGAGAGAGUGAUGCUACGAGUAUCUCGUUCCACGCAAGUGUGA